UCGGCGUCUUUGAGUCAUAGUCCUGAGCCACGCCCGGGCUGUGGGAAUAAAAUGGCGGGGAAGAAGAACGUUCUGUCGUCUCUGGCGGUUUACGCCGAAGAUUCAGAACCCGAGUCUGACGGCGAGGCUGGAGUCGAAGCUGUGGGCAGCGCGGCUGAAGAAAAAGGUGGAUUGGUGUCUGAUGCCUAUGGAGAUGAUGACUUUUCUCGCCUAGGGGGUGAUGAAGAUGGUUAUGAAGAAGAGGAGGAUGAGAACAGCAAACCGUCGGAAGAUGACGAUUCAGAGACUGAAAAACCUGAGGCUGAUGACCCAAAGGAUAACACAGAAGUAGAGAAGCGAGAUCCCCAAGAACUAGUUGCCUCCUUUUCUGAAAGGGUCCGGAACAUGUCGCCUGAUGAAAUCAAGAUCCCACCAGAACCCCCUGGCAGGUGUUCAAAUCACUUACAAGACAAGAUCCAAAAGCUUUAUGAGCGAAAGAUAAAGGAGGGAAUGGAUAUGAAUUACAUUAUCCAAAGGAAAAAAGAAUUUCGGAACCCUAGCAUCUACGAGAAACUGAUCCAAUUCUGUGCCAUUGAUGAGCUGGGCACCAACUACCCAAAGGAUAUGUUUGACCCCCAUGGCUGGUCUGAGGACUCCUACUAUGAGGCAUUAGCCAAGGCCCAGAAGAUUGAAAUGGACAAAUUGGAAAAGGCCAAAAAGGAGCGAACCAAAAUUGAGUUUGUAACGGGCACCAAGAAAGGCACCACUACCAAUGCCACGGCCACCACCACUACUACUGCCAGCACGGCCGUCGCAGAUGCCCAAAAGAGAAAGAGCAAGUGGGACUCCGCCAUCCCAGUGACCACAAUAGCACAACCCACCAUUCUCACCACCACUGCCACCCUGCCAGCCGUUGUCACUGUCACCACCAGCGCCAGCGGCUCCAAGACCACGGUCAUCUCGGCUGUGGGCACCAUCGUGAAGAAGGCCAAGCAGUGACAGAGCCGUGCCAAGGCUAGACUGUGCAGCCUAGUGGCUGCUGUAUAUUUCAGAACUGAGACCUGCUCCCCAGGUGUCACCUGAGAGGAGCCUCUGUGUGGCAUUCCAACCAGAAGGACAUUGUAGCAGAGGCAGAGGACAUAGUGGAUAGGGUCUGUCUGUCCGCACACCAAUUAAAAGUGUCGUGUCCUCCUAUCCCAGCAUCUGGGGUACGCUGACCUCUUCCCACGGUCUGUUUUCAGGCAAAUGUGAAGCUCAAAUGCCCCUCCAUCUUCUCAGUCAGGAUAAUUGAUUGUCUCAGGAUUGACAUGGGGUGACAGAAGCCUAUGGCAUGCUCAGAGGGGUGCCCCAGUAACCUGAUGGUUCUCAUUGUACACCUCUCGGUGGCGUGGGCUAGUGGGAGCCCAGGGAGCAGUGAGACCUUCAGUUCCUCUGCUCCCUUGGUGCAAUGGAGCACGCCACAGGCUUUCAAAAUUAGGCCAGGUACCAGAACGGCUGGGUGAGACCCCCAGCAUGUCCAAGGAGGGGGUUGGUAUGGGCACCUGGCCAAGGCCGCCUAGUCCCUCAGUGCCCAGCGAGCACAGCCAGCGGGAUCUGCAGUGGGGGAGAUGAAUCACCUCCUGCUCUGGCGGCAGCAGUUCAUUGUUUAUGUGAAAGCCCUGCUCCUGGGGGAGCUGCUGCCACCCCACCCUUCCUCUGUUGUUAUCUCUGCCCAGCAGCAGUCUCUGGGCAACACCAGUGGCUGCCCAGCUUCUCUUAGAGCCGAGACAGGUUUCCCAGCCACCACCGGCCUGUGAGUGCAGGGGCCAGUUUGCCUUUGAGCUCUCCGGCAGCUCUGCUCCAGCGGAAGGGCUGAGUGUCAAAGAAGGAAGUCAGGCUGUGAAGAGCUCUGGCUUCCAUGGGCCUGGCAUAGACUGAGAAAGGUGGUCUUGAAAUCGAUGUCUGGUACUGUUACAUGAUCAGUAUAUAUCAGGAAUGUGACAGCUGUCCCUAAUGUCCCCAAAAUAAAAACAAUCACACUUGCCCCCUCCUCUCCUUGAAACUUGGCCACCCUGGGGGGAAUUGCUGCUGCCUACUCAUCCCAAGAGGGUCUCUGUAAAGGCACCCUGCUCCCAGCCUCUGGGGGUUCCCCCAUAGCCAAGGAUACUAGGAGUUCUGGUGGGAGGCAUAGCAGCAGGGAGACUCAGUGACAAGUGCAAUGGCCAUCUCUGGUCUGGAGUCCCAGCCUAGAGCAAUGUGGUCUGUAUGCCCCUCUGUCAAAUCACAGUAAUAAAGCUUCAUGCCGAGAUUGGAGGAACCUGAAAGAAAAGCUUUCUAAACUGUAAAGUACUCUGCAAGUGUCUGCUGUUGACCAAUCCAGCUUCUUUUUGCUUUAGGAGAGAAGCAAACCCUAGAAAUGACUAAAUCAGCCAGGGCCUGAGGAGUUGCCAGCAAGGCCACCUCCCUUUAGGGCCUCUUUGGUAGAGCAGGAAGUGGACUGAGGCGAGUCUGCCCCCAACCCUGCCAUUGAGCUGCCCAGCUGGAGCAGCAGUAACUGCAGUGGGGCCUGGGGAGUGGACACAGCUGAGCUAGCAGCUCCAAGCUGAGAGUGGUUCCACUUCCUAGAAGCCAAGUGAGUGGGUAAAUCUCAAUCCCUCAGAAUGACUGUUCAAUAUAAAAGGUGUCUGCCACCUUAGUCCCACUAAGGAUGGUGUCUGGAGACUGGUUGUCCUGUUACUAGGGACCAAGGUUGUUUCUAACCUCUAGUCACAAGGAGAAUGCAAGCUGUCCAGGGUCUCUGCCCCCACCCCUUUCCUGUUUCCAAUCUUGAGCAAUGACAUCAUGGUCCAUGCAGAUUCCAUCACUGCACUGGGAACCUGUGCUGUCCCCCACACCCUUGGAUCACUUCAGAAGCCCCUCCGCCAUCCCCUUUAUUACUGCCUUUGUUCAGGCCUUUGUCCCUCACACCUGUCUCCCCAGUCCCGCCCAAGCUCCAGUCUGCCUGCAGAGGAAACUUGUUAUACCCCAGCUCUUGCCUCGUUACACACUGCAUAGCGAGGUCUGCACUUCAGCAUGGCAUGUCCGGCCACCAGCUUCCCACCGCUCCACACCCCACCCACUGUGCUUGGCAGCUCCCUCACCAUGUGCUUUCCCUGCUGUGCCUCUGCACUCCUUUCUCAGUGCUCUCAGAAGACAUUCUCUGCCUGUGGCUUCUGCCCACAUACCUAUGGGCUGAGACCAAUAGUGACCUUGUUAUUGUGAGCAAGGAAGGCAGUCACAAGAAACAGUGUCCCAGGUGCCUGCCGUGAAAUACAGAUUUGGUGAUGCAGUGGAGAGAUGGAAGGAGAGGUAAAUUAGUGGUCAUCCAAAGUUGUAGUCACUAGACUUGAGUCUGACCCACCAUGCCAGUGCUCACUGCAAUUCAUGCAUGGGUUUAAUUGAAAAGGACUACUGUAGAUUGACUGUAUGCUGGCAAUCCUGGAGGCUCAGCCAUAGGAAUAGGGGGCUCUUUGUCCUCUAUUUUGUGCUUGUUUUGAUUUUGGAGACAGGAUCUCACUGUGUCGCCCAGGCUGGCCCCAAACGAUUGGGCCUACGCAAUCCUGCCUCAGCCUCCCAAAUAGCUGGGAAUACAGGCACAUGCCAGCACACCAGGCUCUCAUUUUUUGUAUGAAAAUAUGUAUGCUUGAAAAUCUCUAUGGUAAAAAUUUGGUUUUGGCCGACCACUGUGGCAUACACCUGUAAUCCCAGGGCUCAAGAGACUGAGGCAGGAAGAUCCCAAGUUCAAAGGAGCCUUAACAACUUAACAAGGCCCUGUCUCUAAAUACGAUUUUCAAAUAGGGAUGG